AUGGACUUAACUCCCGAAGAAACCAACCUCAUCAAAAUCGCAAGAACGACUAUCAAUGCAAUCCCCAAAUCAGAUAUCCACAGCGUAGCCAGCGCAGCCCUCUCAACCAAUGGCCAAGUUUUCACCGGCGUGAACGUGUUUCACUUCACGGGCGGACCAUGUGCCGAGCUCGUGGUCCUCGGUGUAGCCGCGGGUGCCGGGACUCCUCGUCUAUCGCAUAUUGUUGCUGUUGGGGAAGACGGCCAGGAUGGAGCUAUCCUCAAUCCGUGUGGUCGCUGUCGACAGGUGCUGCGUGAUUUGCAUCCUGGGAUUCGAGCUAUUGUGCAGAAGGGUGGGGAGGUCAAAUCUGUCUCUAUUGAUGAGUUGUUGCCUUAUUCUUAUGAGCCUAGGGACUAA